CGGCCUUCAAACGACCUAAGAUAUGCACACUAUUCGAAGUUUCACGAAGACUCACAACGUUUUGGUUGUAAAAAACCACACUUCAUGGGUGAAUCAUGUCGUUUGUGCUCUGGAUCACUGGUUUGUCAUGGUGAAUGUGGAAGAAGCCAUGCUUCAUAUGAAAACGGUAAGACUACCAAUGUUCCAGCGGUGAUGCGGGCAAAGGCGGCCUUCAAACGUCCCCUUUCACACAAACAAGGAAGAAGAAGCUUUAGAGAAACGAAAAUAAAUUCUCUACAGGAGAAGCACAAUUUUAUACUACGGUGUUUCAAAUAUAAAGAGUGCAUGAAGUUUGUACCAGAUCUGGAUAAACCUCUAAGACCUGAUGGGCGUACUGCUUGCUAUUGUGGAGAAGUCGAAGACAAACACUAUAAUUAUGAAAACAUGGUCAAUAAUCAUGAUCAUAAAUGGUCGGAAUCAGAGGAUAUUAAGAUUAUUGGACCUACAAAUGCUUUUGGUCAGAUUGCGUUCUCGGAUUCACUUACUCAGAAACCUACUGAGUUUGUUCGAAUAUCAGAUGAAGAUGUACUGAAAGACGUAAUGGAACUGAUCAAGAAUUACUGGAGAAUGAUGGAACCCGAAAAGCCAAGUUUAUGCAUAUCUGUCAUUGGUGGUGCAAAGAAUUUUUUGCUUGAAGGACACAAGAAAGAUGUUUUUUAUUCGGGUUUACUUCAAGCAGCGCACAGUACUAAAGCAUGGAUUGUAACAUCCGGGUUAAAUUUAGGCAUUGUACGAGUUGUUGGUGAUGCUCUACAAGAUCAAAGCUUAUAUUUCGAUAAAUGGAAAACAUCUGGAUCUCUUCGUUGUCUUGGAAUUGCUCCAUGGGGUUAUGUGUUAAAUCGUGAAGCAUUGAUUUCUGAGGAUCAUAAUACACCUAUUCGAUAUGUAGUUUCAGAUUUUAUUGCUAAAUGCUGUCCAGUUUCUCUGAAUCAAAAUCAUACACACUACAUAUUUGUGGAUGAAGGCAGACGGCUAAGAUAUGGUGGAAGUAAAUCCGCUGAAUUUCGGGCUAAACUAGAGAAACAAAUCGCUGUUCCAACAGAAAAAGGUGGUUUUGGUAUCCCCGUCGUCCUUGUCAUUGUCGAAGGUGGUCAUGAUGUAUUUAUUGAUGCUAGAAAUAGUAUAAAGGAACAUGUGCCUGUGGUGAUUUGUUCUGGUACUGGACGAGCAGCCGAUAUUCUAACAUUAGCUGUGAAUUAUCGUCUAAACUAUGGUGGUAUCUUUCAAGGAUUUUCAACAGAUGAAACUGAAGAAUUGAAGUGCAAGUUACUUCCUGUUUGUGAUAGCCCAAGUAAAGCUGAUGACGCUAUCAAAAUGAUUGAAUUCAUUGUAAAAAAUACACAGUUGAUUACAACCUUCGAUAUGAAUCAGUCAGAUGAUUUCGAUCUAGCCAUCUUGUCUGCAUUGAUUAAAGUCUCAUCCAAUGUAGAAAAACAGUUGGAGUUGGCAUUCACUUGGGAGAGAAGUGAUAUUGCACACGAGAAAAUACUCCGGCAAGGCGAACAGAUUAAACUAGAAACUUUGGAACAUUUCAUGUUAAAAGCAUUGAAGAGUGAUAAACUUGAAUUUGUCAAGAUCCUUUUACGAAAUGGUGUAUCAAUGAAAAAAUUUCUAACUGUUGAUCGACUUCGAGAAUUGUACAAUGAUUCGGACCGACGUGAUGGAUUUGUUAAAUGUUUAACAAAAAACAAUCUCUUUCUUCCGUCGAAAAGUAUCGUUUAUGGCAAUGUGAUUCGUUAUAGUGAUCGCAAUACUAAAAGAUCACCUGAUCAUGGAAAUACAAAACCAACAAGUGUAAUAAUACCUGUCACUGCCGUUGAUGAUUUUGACAGUGAAGGACAAAAUAUGUGUUUAUCGCAUGACCGAAUACGACUGACUACCAUCAAUAAACUGUUAAAUCGAAUGUUAGGAAGUUUCGAAAACUGUUUGUAUGAUUUCGACCGCGAAAAUACAGAAUGUUAUUCAAACAAGUGGACUUGCAACGAAAUAUUUCUUUCACCGUUUCAAGAAUUAUUCCUGUGGGCUGUGCUUCAUCAGCGUCAACAAAUGGCUUUGUACUUCUGGGAAUGUAGCGACAAUCCUCUCAUCUUAGCAUUGAUUGGAUGUUGCCUGUACUCAAAUAUGAUUGAAUCAUUGCCUGCCUACGAUACAGAAACUAGAGCCUUAUAUGAAUCAUAUGUAACUGAAUUUGAAAGAAUAGCUGUUCGUUUGUUAGACCUAUGUUAUGAAACGGAUGAGAAGCUGACAUUAAUUUUAUUGGAACGAGAUAUAAAUGUAUGGGGUCCUUUCAAUUGUAUUCGUUUAGCAGCCCAAUCUGUUCGACGUAAAUUCAUAAGUUCUACUGCUUGUCAAGACUCUUUGUAUUAUGCAUGGCAUCGAGGUAUACGCGUUAAUAUAUUUAUUUUGUUAUGCACUUUGAUAUGUCCAUUUCUCCUAUUCUCCAAUCGUUUAUUACAAUGGGACAAUGCGCUCACAAAUACGAAUGCAUCACCGAACCAAAACGAGUCCAGCUGUAGUCAAAAUACUUACACCGAUAAAAGCAAUUCUUGUCAUCAUAAUCCGAAGAGAUUCACUUUAUGUGACAGAAUCAGAUGGAAAUCCCGUACAUUUUAUAGUGCACCAAGGACCAAAUUCGCUUUUAAUGCACUCAUAUACGUUUUAUUCGUGUUGUAUUUUUCGUACACAUUGUUGUUUGAAACAUUACCAAACAAGAUUUCAACACAUGAACUAGUUGUCAUCACUUAUUUUGGUGCUAUGCUCAUAGAUUUGGUUAGACAGAUUGUUAAGUCGUAUCAUGGUAGAUCUGAACAGUUUCAUUCACGAUGGAAUCAUUACUAUUGGAAUAAAUCUGACCUACUUUUAGUCGGUUUAGCAUCAUUGAGCGCUUUGUUGCGUAUUGGUAUGAGUAGAACAUUCCUUUAUGCAAAAUCACUUUAUGUGAUAACAUUAGUCGGCUGUUAUUUGAGAAUAUAUGGUUUAUAUUCUCAUCAUCCGCGUUUAGGUCCUAAAUUAGUUAUGAUACGUAGUAUGUUGAUUGAGUUGUUAAUGUUCAUAUUCAUCUUGGUCAUUGUUCUUGUCGGUUAUGGUGUAUCUCAACAAGUUUUACUCUAUCCAUAUCGUGCCAAUUUCACAUGGACAACUGUACGUGAUGUAUUUGUCUAUCCUUAUUGGAAUUUAUUUGGUGAACUUAUGCUAGAGUAUGCUUUCGCUGAAAAAGAUGGAUGUACAAAUGGUACUGCAAAUAGCGAAGAUUGCCCAACAUUUAACUUUUUAUGUCCAUUAUUUUUGGCUGUUUAUCUGAUGAUUGCUGCAAUUCUGUUGAUGAAUCUUCUGAUCGCAAUUUUCAGUAAUGUAUUUGAGAAGAUUGAAGAAAACUCAAUCGAAUUGUGGAAAUUUAACAUAUUGUCAAUGGUAUUCGAAUACAGUCAUCGACCUGUUCUCCCUGUGCCUUUCUCUGCGAUGAUAGCUAUCAGUGAACUUAUUCUGUACUGUUUUCAUGUUAAACCAAUCCUCUCAAAAAUUAAACAUGUUGUAAAUAGAAUCACUUCAAUUGGUCACUCUACAACAGCUGAGAAUGUCAAUGGAGAAACAUUAUCUUUAACUCUUGUGAAUUCGUUAAACUCUUCGGAAGAAUGUACUGCUGAGUGUUACAGUACUUCGAGAUUAGUACCAGAUUAUAUAACACUUACUCCAGGAAUAGUUGAUUGCAACUGCAAUUACAUUGAUCAAUGCUUUAAUGCUAAACAAUUAGAAAAUUACUGUAAACGAAAUUUAUUGAAAAAAAUUCAAUGACCUGAAGUGGUCAAUUAACUACGACAAUGUAAUAAGGCCAAAGAUUGAAAAAUAAAUGCAACUUGUUCAAAUGCUACACCAGAACGUCUUCAAUACAAUUCAUAAAAAUUUUAAUACAAUAAAUAAUCAGUAUACCUUUAUACAAGUUGAAAUCUGCAAUAAUAUGACAAUAUCAUUAAGUUGAUUUCUUCUUCAUACCUUCGAAUGACAGAGUAACUUUAUCUUUUUAUAUAUUCUUUGUUUUAAUGAAUCGAUUUACUUGUAAUACUAUACAAUGGUCAUAUAUUUUUUUUUGCUGUUCAACCUUAUUCCUGUCUUACCAAACCUGUGAAAUGAACAAAAUCAAUAGUUACAUAGAUAGGCAUCUGUAACGAUGAUAAUGAAUAUAUUUUGUGUUUUCCUAAUGUCUUCUUUUCUAUUUAAUAGAAUUUGAUUGCACUCUUCAUGUUCUUUGUAGAUUUAAUUCAAUUGUGAGUACAUAGAUUAACUUGUUUUUUGAGCUCGGAUCGAGUUUUAAUUGCCAACUAAAAAAACCCAGCUGAAGUGGUAACUCACUUUGAUCUACAAAUAUUUUUCAUAACAUGGCAAAUUUCAUUAUUGUUUAUCAUCUUUGAAUCAUGAUCUUAAAGGAAGAACUUUUAACACAAUCAUUAUGAAAUAACUAUGAACCUCUCUAUUGUUUUUAUCUUUUUUCAUGCUUUAGAUUUUUUUCGUAUACCGGUUAAUCUAUUUUUAUUGAAACAUUGAUUUUUUUUUCACCUGAUUCUCUGUAGAAAUUUUUUUUUCCAUGAUCAUUUCUUUUUGUUAUGUUUGACGAGGAAGGUGUUCCUCUGAAUUACAUUGAUGACUUGCCUAUGUCAAUUCGUAACAGAUGAUACAUUCUAAAUUGAUUGGAUUUUCUGAUCGCUUUAUAAGCUGCCUACAACCUUAAUUAUAAAUAAUUAUAUACUGAAUGCAAAUACUUAUAAUCUAGGGAAUCUGUAUGUUUUAUUCAUGUUUUUAUUUAUGCACACCUUCUGAAAGCAAACGAGAAGAUCUAUAAUCGUUGUUAGGUUAGACUAGCUGAUAAAUUUAUCGCCUAAGAAGGUAAAAUACUUCUAGAUAAGUAAGAAAAGAUUUAUGGGACUGGGACUCAGGUGGAUGACUAUCGACCAGCGAGUCACGGGUUUAAGCUCAUCUCCAUCCAUGGUUGUUUGGGAAGCCAGGUGGUAUCACUAGUCCUCACAUAAUUGGUGUAGCUCAUUGCUUACUGCACGGAUAUGCACUAGGUGGUUGAGUGCGUUUCAUUUAUUCACUCAAGAAAGGGGUUUUAACUUUAGUGAAAGAAUAUUCGGCUCCAGAAAUGACACAGUGGUCUAAAGAG